UUUUCAUUGAGUAUAUAAUAGUCUCUCAGUUUCAUUGGAAGAAAAAUGGCGAGUGGUCAAGACAUAAUUCCUUCAGAGUUGGUUCGCCCGUGGACACCAAUUUUUUCUAAUCAACUAAAUCAAAACGCCGAUAUUACUGAAGUGAAAUUCGUUGCAUCGUAUUGUUGGUUCAACCCAGACCAAAGUGUGGGCCCACCAGAAAAUCCAACACUAGUGAUUCCAGGUUGCAUUCCGCGCUUGAGAAGUAAUUUGAAAUUCCCGUUGACAUGUGAAGCAGACGAAACGCCAUGCGUUGACUUAAAUAGUACACAAGUGAGACACAAGGAUCUGUUGCAACCACUUUUUCUCUCAGUUAAAAUGUGCGAGCCGGAAUUCGAAUUUACGGAAAUGGAUGUGAUUUGUGAUAGUAGCAAACUGCGGCUACUCAUUGAAUGGUGUAAAAAACCGAAAACAUUUAGCAUGGAUGCGGAAAUGCUUCGUGACCGUACAAUGGUUCUGUAUGCAUUUGAAAACAAAAAGGAUUACAACCAACAUAAUGUGAACAGCUUUCGAAGAGAUUUCCAUCGUAAAAUCACUGAUCUGCCAACAGGCUGGGAUCACACAUUUGGGAAUUAUCGAAUCAUCUCAUACCGAUAUGCAGAUUUAAAGAUGUUGGUGCGCUCACCACAGUUCGUUCGAGAUGAAACUGACAAUGAAAGUUUCGAUAAUCCGGCAUGGUUGUCUGAACCAGAGGGAACAUUCAACGGUUUAAAAUUCAUAAGAUCUGGAAAGAUUGAACCACAAAAGAAUCUUGUGAAACUCCAAUACACUGCACCAAAAAAGGCACUUAAAAAAGCAGAGAUUUGGCACAAAUUGUACUUCUCUCAAAUUCCACUUUUGCUUGAGGCAUACCGUCGAGAGCCAGUGGGUCGAAAAGCGGAUUUUCAAUCAAUUGACAGACUGACUUUUAGAAAUGAUUUUGAAUAUGCAACUUCUGACGCUCGGCAGGAAAGGAACAUGCUGUUACAAAUGCUGCAUGCUAUGAGAAAACUUUUGCUAGAAGAACGUGAAAAUGGCAAUUCGAAGCUGUCAUUUCAUUUUAAGAAGGGCAGCAGUACCAUUCAGGUAUUCACUUGCAACUUUCCAAGUCAACUCGAGGGUUGGAAUUGCAAUAUAGCUCGAGAACAAUAACAACCAAGAUUUCCAAUUGCGUCGGCGAAUUUUAAAGCAGUCCUAAGCAAUUACUAAACUUGUGGCGUUUGCUUUCAGUGGGGCUUUUUAAUAAACUUUGAACUUUAUGAACAAUCAUGAGGAACAUAUUUUGAGAACAAAAGCUUUAUUUCAACGUUAAGAAGACACUUUCCUCAAGUAACCGUCAAGUUCUCUCGACCUGUAAUCCUUAAAGUUGGGAAAAAAUAAUUUACAUGUUGAACACAGUUAACGGACUUACCUGGACAAA